AUGUCUGGCAACGUAUUCUUCGAUGUUUCAAUCGAUGGUAAAGCAGCUGGUCGUAUUACAUUCAAACUUUAUGAUGAUGUAGUACCAAAGACGACAGCUAAUUUCCGUGCAUUAUGUACAGGAGAAAAAGGAUUUGGUUAUGAAGGAAGUUCAUUCCAUCGUGUUAUUCCACAAUUUAUGCUUCAAGGUGGUGAUUUCACUCGAGGUGAUGGCACUGGUGGCAAGAGCAUCUAUGGUGAAAAAUUCGCUGAUGAAAACUUUCAACUCAAACAUACAAAACCAGGACUUUUAUCAAUGGCCAAUGCUGGUAAAAAUACCAAUGGUUCGCAAUUUUUUAUUACUACAGUAGUAACAUCAUGGCUCGAUGGCAAACACGUUGUCUUUGGUGAAGUUGUUGAUGGUAUGGAUCUUGUCAAGAAAAUUGAAGGCUUAGGUUCGGAUUCUGGCAAAACAAAAUCCAAGAUUACCAUUACCAAAUCUGGCACAGCUUAA